AUGAUUCAGCAGAUCCAAUCGUCUUUGCAAGACUUAAUAUUCAUUUUGUGUUACCUGUGGGAGGAGGGGGGGAACCUUAUAAGCACAGUUCUAGAGCAUGAACCAAAACCCACGGGUCCAAAUGAUGAAGAGGAGGAUGAGGGAGAACAGUUUGACUUUGACAGUGGAGAUGAGAUACCAGAAGCAGACAGGCAAGCCCUUGUGCCACCUAUUCCUGGUCCUGGAAAUCACAUAGAGCACCAAGAGGCUGAUGCUGCAGGUAAGUCAGCCUCUGAUAAUUUGGAAAACAGCGAGAAGGUGCAAACAUCAGAACCUGCUGGACAAGGCACUCCAGCCAAAGUAAAUCCCUACUCAGUCAUAAAUAUUUCCCCAAUUCAAGACAAAGAUCCAUCCUCAUCACCAGAACCAAGUCCUCAAGACGAAUGUGCAAGUCCCAACUUGUCUGGUGGAUACUCUGUUCCUGUCCCUUGUGGAUAUGCUGUGCCAUCCAACUUACCUUUGAUACUGCCAGCAUACUCCAGUCCUGUCAUCAUACGCAGCGUUUCUGUAGAUGAAGAAGGUACACAGUCAGCAACUGAAGAAUGUCAUUAUAAUUCUGUAAACUUGGAGGACCCUCAGAAUAGUGAAGAUAACCAGACCAAGAGAGAGGAUGAUGCUCUGGCCAAAUGGGUUGCAGAUCCUGCAAAUACAGCAUGGAUGGAAAACCCAGAUGAGGUAAUCUAUGAUGAUGUGCCAAGAGAAGAUUCAGACUCUGAACCAGAGGAAAUGAUUUAUGACGAUGUUGAAAAUGGUGAUGAUGGUGGAAACAGCUCACUGGAAUAUGGGUGGAGUUCAAGUGAGUUUGAAAGCUAUGAAGAACAGAGUGAUUCUGAGUGUAAAAAUGGAAUUCCCAGCUCCUUUUUGCGAGGCAACCACAAGAGACAUCUUUCUCAUGACCUAACGCGUUUAAAGGAGCAUUAUGAAAAAAAGAUGAAAGAUUUGAUGUCAAACACUGUGGGAGCAGUAGAGAUUCAGCAACUAAAGCAAAAACAUGAGCUGAAGAUGCAAAAGCUUAUGAGAGCUGCUAGAGAAGGUACUAAAGAUGGACUUGAAAAGACAAAAGCAGCUGUGAAGAAGGGUCGUUCCUUCAUUCGGACAAAAUCUUUCAUUUCUCAAGAUCAUAAGUCAUCUUGUCUGGAAGAAGAAGAGUUAAAUUUAUUUAUUGAUGUGGACUGUAUGCAUACAGAAGCAAUUAUGACUCCUAUGCCUGAAGGAUUAUCACAGCAGCAGGUUGUGAGAAGGUAUAUUUUGGGCUCUGUAGUUGAUAGUGAGAAGAAUUACGUGGAUGCUCUCAAAAGAAUCCUGGAGCAAUAUGAGAAGCCCCUUUCAGAUAUGGAACCAAAAUUACUGAGUGAAAGAAAACUUAAAAUGGUUUUUUAUCGAAUUAAGGAGAUUCUUCAGUGCCAUUCAAUGUUUCAGAUUGCACUGGCGAGUCGUGUAUCUGAGUGGGACUCUGUUGAAAUGAUCGGUGAUGUCUUUGUUGCUUCAUUUUCUAAAUCUAUGGUAUUGGAUGCAUACAGUGAAUAUGUAAACAACUUCAGCACAGCAGUUGGGAUUCUCAAGAAAUCUUGUGCCACCAAACCUGCCUUUUUAGACUUCUUAAAGAACUGUCAGGAGUCAAGCCCUGAUCGCAUUACACUGUAUGGUUUAAUGAUGAAACCUAUCCAACGUUUUCCACAGUUCAUUCUACUAUUGCAGGAUAUGUUGAAGAACACUAAUAAAGGACAUCCUGACAGAUUACCUCUACAGAUGGCUCUUACAGAACUGGAGACACUGGCAGAGAAGUUAAAUGAAAGGAAAAGGGAUGCAGAUCAGCGCUGUGAAAUAAAACAAAUAGCAAAAGCAAUGAAUGAACGUUACCUGAACAAGCUACUCAGCAGCGGAAGCAGAUACCUCAUACGGACUGAUGAUAUGGUUGAGACAGUCUACAAUGACAAAGGAGAAAUUAUCAAAACCAAAGAACGGCGACUUUUCAUGUUAAAUGAUGUGCUGAUGUGUGCAACAGUAAAUAUUCGCUCUUCCUAUGAAAGUGGUGGCACCGUGACAACUGGCCAGAGGUAUUUGUUGAAGUGGAGCGUACCGCUGGGACAAGUGGAUGUCAUAGAGUAUGGCAGCAGUGAGGGUCAAGGAGACAACUGCAGGUUCCCACCCCAGCUCUCUGCUGAAAGUGUCGUCAUUAACUCUAAGCCAAACAAGCUCUAUAUGGGACCAGGGCAACUGUACCAUGAUCUGCAGGACCUUUUACACGACUUGAACGUACUUGGUCAAAUUAGUCAAUUAAUAAGCAGCCUUAAAGGAAACUAUCAGAACUUAAACCAAUCUGUAGCCCAUGACUGGACUUCAGGUUUACAAAAACUGAUUUUGAAAAAAGAAGAUGAAAUCAGGGCAGCAGAUCGCUGUAGAAUUCAGCUGCAACUCCCAGGAAAACAGGACAAGUCUGGGCGGCCAACUUUCUUUACAGCUGUGUUCAAUACAUUUACCCCUGCCAUCAAACAGUCUUGGAUCAACAAUUUACAAAUGGCUAAACUGGCCCUUGCGGAGGAUAACCUGUUAGGUUGGUUCUGCAUAGAAGAUGAUGGGAAUCAAAUAAAAAAGGAAAAACAUCCUCUCCUUGUUAGACACAUGCCAGUGAUGAUGGCCAAGCAACAGGAGUUUAAGAUUGAAUGUGCUGCUUAUAAUCCUGAGCCAUACCUUGCUGGAGAAACAGAGCCAGAUUCCUGUGCUGUGGAACAUGGUUUUCUUUGGAUUGGCAGUUGUACUAAUCAGAUGGGCCAGAUUGCAAUAGUCUCGUUUCAAAGCUCCAGCCCCAAGGUUAUUGAGUGCUUCAAUGUGGAAUCACGGAUUCUCUGCAUGGUCUACAUACCAGAGGAGGAGAAGCUGAAAGAGCAAAACAAAGCUCCAGACUCUGAAAGUGUUCUUGCAAAAACAUGUAAUGUGCCUACUAUUUGCCUUGGCAUGGAAGAAGGAAGCAUUUCUAUUUACAAAAGUUGCCAAGGCUCAAAGAAAAUUCGACUUCAACACUUCUUCACUCCUGAAAAAUCAACCGUUAUGAGCUUAACAUAUAGGUCUCAGUACUUGUUUGCUGGCUUGGUAAAUGGAAACAUCUCAAUCUACACAAAAGCAGAAGAUGGAACAUGGAACAUGGAACCUCAGAAGAUAGUUAAAUUGGGGGUUCUGCCUGUUAGAAGUCUGCUUGUGAUGGAGGAGACCAUUUGGGCUGCAUGUGGUGGACAAAUUUUUAUAAUCAGCACUGUGACACAUUCCAUAGAGAACCAUUUUGAAGCCCAUCAAGAGGAAGGGAUGGUGAUCUCUCACAUGGCUGUGGCUGGAGUGGGAGUCUGGAUUGCCUUCACAUCUGGAUCUACUCUUCGACUGUUCCACACAGAAACACUGAAACACCUCCAGGAUGUUAACAUUGCCACACCUGUUCACAAUAUGUUGCCAGGGCAGCAGCGUGUCUCUGUGACCAGCCUCCUGGUGUGCCAUGGGUUAUUGCUGGUUGGAACAAACCUGGGAAUAAUAGUAGCCUUACCAGUGCCACGCUUGCAGGGGAUUCCCAAAGUAACUGGAAGAGGAAUGGUGUCAUACCACGCACACAAUAGCCCAGUCAAGUUUCUUGUAACAGCUACAUCUAUAAACAAGAAGAACAGAAACAAACUGAGGAACAGCCUCCCUCUUGGCUCAGAACCUAAGGAUGAUGACCAAAAGAACAUUCUGCACAGUGAAAGACCAGGCUCUUCCCUUAGUAACACCCAGGACACUGCAGUUUGGCUGGGGGAUUCAGUGGGGUCCAUCGCACAAAGAAGUGACUUGUCAUCAUCUUCUGGAUCCCUUACUUUGUCUCAUGGAUCAAGCUCCCUAGAACACAGACCAGAAGACAGUAACAUUUAUGAGCUUUUGAAGGAUCAAAAUAUCUCAUUUAAAAGUAAAAGACAGAAAUCUAAGAAAGUGAAAGCAAGUUCAGUAUUAGUAAUUUCUGGUGGCCAAGGACACAGAAGAGUGAACAAGAAGACCAAGCAGCAGCGACAAGAUGAACUAGUGUCUUCAGUGAUGGUCUGGCAAAUCCCACUAUUAAAUGUCUAA